AUGUCAGCUCGUCCCCAGAUUACCUUUUACGUCGAUAUCGUCAGCCCUUUUGCCUGGAUCGCAUUUCAUGUUCUGCGAAAUUCACCUGCCUUUGCGCAAUGUGAAGUAACCUAUGUCCCUAUUCUCUUGGGCGGCUUGAUGCAAGCAUGUGGCAACAACCCCCCAAUCAACAUCAAGAACAAGAAAAACUACCUAGGCCAGCAGCGGGUGCGGUGGGCAAAGUACUUCUCCGUCCCGAUCAUCGAGGGAUUCCCCAAAGGAUUCCCUAUUCGCACGAUUUCCGUGCAACGCGCGUUGUGCGCUAUCUCGCAGAGAACGCCCGAUAAGCUCGCCGAAGUGAUCAAUGCAAUUUUCGAGUCUUUCUGGGUCAAUGGGAACACGACCGUCGGCGAGCCUGAGGGGUUCGCCCCUCUCAUUGAAAGUGUUCUUGGAAAGCAAGAGACAGACGAGGUUAUUUCUGCUAUGAAUACACCAGACAUCAAGGCCCUCCUGAUCUCAAACACCGAUAGAUCGUUUAAGGCUGGGGCGUUUGGACUCCCCCUGGGCGAGACUGAGGGCUUCUGGGGGGUUGAUCAUCUUGGCCAGGUGGCUGAUUUCCUCGGUCUAGAUCGCUCCCUAGAUAAGGGUUUCCGGGCUGCUCUCUAA